ACUAGCAAUAGCCAUGGCAUACUGUACUGUGGCAUAAUCGUGUUUUAUGGGCAGGUAAAAGAAGCUAGUCGUUAAUUUGCUCACCAUCGUAUUGUUUACUCAUGUCAUAUGUUUCAAUUGAACUGGAGCACUGCACGCCAAUCAGAAACGUUAUACACAACGAGUGCUGGGCACCAGGGGACAUAUCCCCCCGGCCGGUAAUCUGGAUUUCUCGCUUGUGCAGAAGUCUGUGCAUGGGACCACUCACCACAUAGUGCGUAAGCAGCGCACAUUCGCGGGUAUAAAAUAAGACACGAGUCAUUAUCGAGCUGUGAGGAUGCAAGCGAAGGUUCUUGCUCUCGCUGCUCUCUCCAUUAUUAUAUGCUCCUGGGGUCCGUAGAGCAACACCGCUACGUUUGUUCAGGUGGAAACGCCGCUCUGGACUCGCUUGUGCAUUAUUUCAUGCCAUCAGUCUCUGUCUCAUGUGGUUAACUUGGCACUGCCUGAUUACGUCGAUGAUUAAUAUACCCAUCUAGAGAGGGAACUGCGACAGGGACCGGGAAAAGACGUGACCACUACCUGCACUCAUCUGAGGAAGAUAUCUCCUUAGUUACCAGUAUAAUUUGUGAUGAAAACGCCGGGGUCGAUGACAGACCUUUCCGGGGUAAUCGUCAUACAAGGCCCGGUACUGCUGUCCUCUGCUUGGCAGCUCCAGGUAUCGGAGGAGGAACUACACCGUUUGCGAGACGUACCAAUAUUUUGAAGUGUACCUUACCUCAGAUACAGAUUUCUGUAUCAAUUUCGGGCCUGGUUGCCAAACCAUUGUUAAUGCCCCUCGAGUUGAAUCGACAGGGAGACCACUGCCCAGUCUUGAGGAAAGCACGACAAAUUCUAAACUUCCAUUUCUCUCCUCUGCGCCUAUCAGCUCUGCAGACACUUGCCAACAAACUCUUUGUUCAUUCCAACGCUUGCCAUCAAGGUGCACAGAUUAACAGCUGCAUGCGAUGAACUGGAGCGUCUCUGCGUGCAGCCGUGGAGUGAAUCGUGACUAAAUUACCGCCAACUCAAUUGAAUUUCAAGGUGGAGCUUCAGUGUGUGAUACACCAAAGGCUUGACAAUGCCCUUCAAUUGGAAGCAACUUGUGCCCGGAUUCCUCACCAAGCAGGCCGAGAACAACACGGCCACCGGUCAGAGGACCGGCCGAGCCGCCAGCGCUUGUGAGGGAGACCCUUAUGGCGACGGCUCGGAGGUCCGAAUCCGGUUAUCAUCCGAAGCAUCGGGACAGUAUCAGAACAGCCGAAGGUGUAGCAGGCGCUCUGACGUGGAUAACGACGAUGGUUACGGUUGCGUUGGGACCACUGUGGUAAUCUUAUUAAUCCUCAGCCCUCCCCUGGUCCUUAUAGGGGUGAUCCUGCUCACAACGGGCGCCAUCCUCAGCAGUGCGCACAUCUUUGGAUCGGGCAUGGCCGUCAUUGUGGCCGGUGUGAUUCUAGGAGCAAUGUCCGCCUUUGCCUUUGUUCGACUGAGGUCACACCCAUCUUCGAGUUCGUCGGCGGGGCGGGUUGCAUCGUUGCACCGGGACUCUACCGGACAGCACCGCCCGCUGACCCCCCGAUCUGCCUCCAUUCUCGAGACCACCGAUCAGCGGACAGUUGAAAUAACAUUCUGCACCACGGACGCCGAGACAACCCGCGACUUAUGAGGCAAAAAAUGCGUGUUCUCGAGUUUCACUCCGGGGGAAAAUCUAGCCUAGCCUUUCGACUGUGCUGACAAGGCGAAGAAGGGGAACCUCGCUACUCGCCAGUUUCCCCGAACGCAUCUUGAUAGAAACAAGAUUCUCAGAUGCAACGGUUUGUCAAGUCGGGGAGAGAAGAAUGUUGUGAUAGCAAUUUGAGGCCGCUUCUAUAAUGGAAACCAUCGAUCGUUCAUCAUUCUAGAGCGCACCAUCCAGCUCUUUGGAAACGUCACCAACAGGCAAUGGAUGUUGGCAUGACCUACAAGCCAGUAGAGUGCAUGUUAAGACGACUUCGCGGAGUAUUUUGCUAUUAUUUUCAAGCGUAUGAAGGAUUUGAAGCUGAAGUGAGAAUUUUCUUGAUGAGGCUCCAUUAAUUUCUCAUCCUGAUAAGGAUUAUAUAUGUAUACAGCAAUUAAAAACGAUACAUGUAUUGUGUUAAUGGUUUCACAAGGUGGUUUCUGUACGUGAAGGCGAAAUGGAUUUCCUUGUACAUUACGUACAUUAUCUCUGUACCAGUACUGUAGUUGGGUAUAGUGUGAAUCAGCCGCCAUGUCAGCAACCUCCACCCAGUAAAAAUAAUACCAAUAAUAAUAAUAAUUAUAAUACAAUCUCCCUGCCCCCCUCUGGGUAACUGUGCCAUACGAGGGACUCGUGUCGCUGCUUAUUACUGGGCCCUACGAGCUAACUCUGAACAUAUCAAGAUUAUACUGCCAAUUUAAAUCCUGGAGCAAAGUAGUACUGUUGGUGUUUCAGAUGCAGUGACGCUCGUUCAGAUCCUUAACAGUUUAUAAAUAAAAUACCGAAAAUAUAUGAUGCUUAUUAUUCAUUUAAUCUGUUGAUAUUAAAGGUGGGUUUAAUAGAGCUAUGUAUACAUGCACAGCUACUAACCAUUAAACAAUGGGCUUAACGACUGUGACUGAAAUAUCCUCGAGGGUAGUAUAUGUAACCAUUGAAAUUCCUUUGGGCUUUUUGCUUUAGUACUGUGACUAGUAGCACUAGAAAGUAAACUAAUAUGUCCAUUCCGCUGUACAACGAACCUUUCUGUUACAUUAACCAUAAGAUGUUAGGCCCUUGUAGUGGAGAGGUGCCUAACUCUUGGCGCUUCGGAUAUCCUACAUGUUUUCGUAUCGCAAUUAGAACCUUGAAAUCAGUUGAUGGCGCCAGACUAAACAGACUAAUUUUUUUUGAUGUCUUGUAUCGACCAUGUGAUUUGUUAUUGUCGACGAGUAUGCUGUGUUUUACCGUAGGUAUUUCCAUUGCAGAAUGGCCCAAGAUUAAGUGAAACCCAGACAGCAUGUAGUCAAGUUUUCUUUCGUAAAACAUAUUUAAACCAAACAUGGAUUUUGGCACCCUGUUUUGUCGAAUAGAUAUCAAGUGUAACUGUUAAUUUUGCUUUUGAUAAAUGUUUGGUUCUCUGUUCAUUGAUUAUUGUUAGCAGGAGUAUGAUGCGAUCACCAUACUUACAUACGAAGUUUUUUAGAGGUUCACAAGCAUGAACACAACGCAAUGCAAGUAGCGCUUGCAAAAAGGUUUGAGACAUGCCUCAGGCAUCUAUGGACAUGGUUUGAGCCUGACCAGUGGACGCCUUAAUCCGUAUUUGCUCGUUGAAAGUUUGGUGCGUUAGAUCGAUAUUGCCACCAUGCGGUGCUAAAUGCAGGCACUGCCGACAACAUACGUACUUGAUUAUCUAUUUGGGUUGGGUCUGCAUUUACUGUUUCUCUUGCUUAGCAUCAAAAUUUACACCCCCCUCAAAGCCAAUAUUUCAAAUAAAAUCGGACAAACACAAACUUCUGUUAUCCGUGCAGGUGUGCACCCAGUCUGGUUCUGUAAAGUUGUUUGUGCCUUUUAGAGCCUGUUACCCAUUGCUUGCAAGACAACUUUCAACGCAUUCGAUUAAUCUGCCGGUCCUCAA